GGCGAUGUGCUAGGGGAGCAGUACGGUAACUCAGUAGCUCAGCCGCCCAGCCAUCAGUUCAACACCACCGCCGUCCCGCGCACUCGCACAACACGCGCCGCAGGGUACACACACGCACCCCACCUGUUUUGUUCACUAUGGCCAAGACGGAGGAUUAUAAGUACCUGAGUGGCUUCGGCUCGGAGUUCGCCACUGAGGCCUUACCUGGCGCCUUACCUGAGGGGCAGAACACUCCCCAGGUGUGCCCAUAUGGCCUGUACGCGGAGCAGCUCUCAGGCACGGCUUUCACAGCCCCGCGGGAGACAAACAAACGUACAUGGUUCUACAGGAUUCGCCCUUCAUCCACCCACCGCCCCUUCGCUCCCAUCAAGCACGCUUUUCUGGAGAGUGACUUCAGAAAGAGGCACCCGAACCCAAACCAGCUGAGGUGGAAGCCCUUCGACAUUCCCAAGGAGGAGACGGACUUCGUGGCGGGGCUUCGAACCGUGUGCGGCGCUGGGGACCCUCUCUCUCGCAACGGCUGUGCCAUCUACGUGUACGUGUGCAAUGCCUCCAUGGGGAACUCCGCUAUUUACAACAGCGACGGGGACUUCCUGAUAGUCCCCCAGCAGGGCACUCUGGAGAUCACCACGGAGUUCGGGCGCAUGCGUGUGGCGCCCAAUGAGAUCUGCGUGGUCCAGCAGGGCAUGAAGUUCUCUGUGGGGGUGAGCGGGCCGUCCCGAGGCUACAUCCUGGAGGUCUACAACGGCCAUUUCGUCCUCCCCAACCUCGGCCCUAUCGGUGCUAACGGCCUGGCCAGCCCCCGUGACUUCCUGACCCCCGUGGCGUGGUAUGAGGACCGGGAUGUCAGCGAAUACCGGACCAUUUCUAAGUACCAGGGCCACUUGUUUGAGUCCAUCCAGGACCACUCCCCCUUCGACGUGGUGGCGUGGCACGGGAAUUAUGUACCCUACAAGUACGACCUCAAGCACUUCAUGGUCAUCAACGCCACUGCUUUUGACCACGCGGACCCCUCUAUCUUCACGGUGCUCACCUGCCCCAGCACCAAACCAGGCACUGCUAUCGCUGACUUCGUGAUCUUCCCCCCGCGCUGGGCAGUACAAGAACACACCUUCAGGCCCCCCUACUACCACCGUAACUGCAUGAGUGAGUUUAUGGGCCUGAUCUUCGGUAACUACGAGGCCAAGGAGGAGGGGUUCAUGCCUGGGGGGGCCUCGCUACACUCCAUGAUGACGCCCCACGGUCCGGACGCCCAGUGCUUCGAGACUGCCUCUACAGUGGAAUUGACGCCUGUGAGAGUGGCUGACGGCACGCAGUCCUUCAUGUUCGAGACGUGUCUGGGCCUGGGACUGACUGACUGGGGCGAGGAGAAGUGCUGCAAGGUGGAUGCAGACUACUACAAAUGCUGGCAGGGGCUGAAGAAGAAUUUUGACCCCAACUGGAAGCCCACACCCAAAGCUUAAUGCGCUUUCCUUCCUUCUUUUGUUUCCUCGUUUCCAUUUUCUUCGCGUUCUUUCCACUUCGUCUUUUUUUCUUUUCCUUCUUUUCUUAAUUUUAUUUCUGGUCUCGACGUCUCUUCGUGGUUUUCAUUCCUUUUCCUUCUUUUUUUCUUUUUCUUCUUCUUCCUCUGGUUUCUUCUUUUCCAUUUUCUUUGUGUUAUUUUUUUUCUUCUCCCUACCCUCUUCGCCUCCUUUCCUAAAGUUUUGUAUGUUACCUUCCUUCUUUUUCUUCUUUUUCUUCCUUCUCUCUCUUUCUUUCUGGUCUUUUCAUCUCGUCUUCUUGUUCUUUUUUUCACUUUGUUCUUUCAUUGUUUCUCUCUUUUCCCUUCUUCGUCUUCUAGUCUCCUUUCCUUUGUUUUGUUUUUUUUCUCUCUCUCUUUCUCAUCUUGUCUUAUUCUAUUUUUUCUUAUUUUUCUUUACCCUUCAUUAGCUCUUCGUUGCCUUUUCCUUCGUGUCCUUUAUCAUUCUGUCCUUUUCUUCUUCCUCUUCCUCUACUCAUCCUCGUCUUCUUUCCUUCAUGUCCGUUUUCAUUCUGUUCGGUCCGUGUGUCUGUCUGUACGUGUCUGUCUAUAUCUAUCUGUUUCUUGUGGCUGUGAUUCAAAAGGUAGAUUUGUAACAGUAUUGAGGUAUAUUAGAUUCUCUCUCUCUCUCUCUCUCUCUCUCUCUCUCUCUCUCUCUCUCUCUCUCUCUCUCUCUCUCUCUCUCUCUCUCUCUCUCUCUCUCUCUCUCUCUUAAUCUUCUUAAUUUUUUUCUUCUCCUUUUUCUUCUUUAUGUUUUGAGUUUUGCAUAUUUGCCUGUAUUUUCUCUGGGUUUCCUUCUUGCUUUCCUUUUCUAUGUUUUAUGGCCCAUCUGGUUUAGAUUUUUGUUAUUAUUAUUGUUGUUAUUAUUAUUGUUAUUAUUAUUAUUAUUAUUAUUAUUAUUAUUAUUAUCAUCAUUAUCAUUGUUAUUAUUAUCAUUCAGAUUUUUUUUUGUGAUGUACUAUAAAAUCUUCUUUCUUUUCUCCCUUUUUCUUUCUUUCUCUCAUAUUUUUUUUGGAAGCUUUUACAAUUUACUUUUCUUUUUUUAAUAUUUUUUGGGGGAAAACCUUUAUUAUUUUUUACAAUAGACUUCGAAAAAAAAAUCACCCUACAAAAUUUUAAUCGAAUAUAUUAGUAUAGUUUCUCUGUUGAUUAAAAUGAGUAUACGGAAACCAAACCGAUUAUAAUAUAGUAUUUCAAUUGACUGUAUACGUAUAGGGCGCCAUAGCUAUACAUUUAUCCAUAUAUUCCUCAGUGCCAUAGAAAAAACUGUACAUGGGUCUUGGGAGUCUGUCUAGAUGCGCCUGUAUAGUGGGAGACAUAAGGCGUGCCACAUCCUGCAUCUGCUCCCACUGUGUUAAGCUGAGAGUGUGGAUUAGAGGGGCAGGUGGAGGUGGAUUAGGUGGAAAAGGAAGUGGAGAAGAUAAGGAAGAAGAAAAAGCGAUGUUUGUUAUUUUUGUCACCAUAUUUUUCUCCGUUUUCGAUUUGUUUUCCCUUUCCUCUCCCUCUACUUCUUUUCUCCCUUCUCCCACCACAACCACCACCACCACCACCAACAACAACAACAACAGAA